UUGAUCAAAUUUAGCAAAAGAUUGAGAAAUCAGCCGAAACUAGAAAGAAGAAAGAAAGGGGUUUUGAUCGAAAUUAAAUUAUAUGAUGGGUCACCAUUCAUGCUGCAAUCAACAAAAGGUUAAGAGAGGCCUCUGGUCCCCUGAGGAAGAUGAAAAGCUCAUUCGAUUCAUCACCACUCAUGGCUAUGGCUGUUGGAGUGAAGUCCCUGAGAAAGCUGGUCUUCAGAGAUGUGGGAAAAGUUGUCGGCUGAGAUGGAUUAAUUAUCUGAGGCCUGAUAUUAGAAGAGGGAGGUUUACUCCUGAGGAAGAGAAGUUGAUUAUUAGCCUCCAUGGGGUUGUAGGAAACAGAUGGGCUCACAUUGCAACUCACUUGCCUGGAAGAACAGAUAAUGAAAUAAAAAAUUAUUGGAAUUCAUGGAUCAAAAAGAAGAUAAGAAAGCCUUCAUCUUCACCGACGAACACUGCUCCGAGCAUUCAAACUUUCCAGAUAAAUUAUGCUUCAAAUCAAUUAGAAUUAGCAAACCAGAACUUGGCAAUCCCUGCUCAAGAAACCCUAUUUUCAUCUCAAGCACCAUUAUUUAUGUUUGACACAACAAUUACUCCACUAGAUGAGGUGCUUCAAGAUGCCAAUGUAAGAGGAGAGGUUUUCCAUGAAUCAGCUCAUUUAAACACUGAGACCACUUGGAAUAAUCUCAAUCAGCUUCAAGUUCUACCAUUUCCUCCUUCAAAUUCAUUCACAAUGGACAUAAAUAAUUAUUUGCCACCAUUGAUAGAUAACAUGGUUCGUGUCGAAGUUCAGUCUUGUACUAGCAUGGAUGAGGAAGGUGGAGAAAUAACACCGGAGAGCUUACGGAUGCAGCAGCUGGAGUUGAAUGAAUGGGUUGAAUCCCAGCAAUGCUCCAACUUUGUGUUGUGGGAUAAUAUUAUUGAAGGACAAAUUGGUGGCGGUGUUGGUGGUGGUAUGGAAGCAACAAUUUCGCCACCAUCUUCAUCAUCAAAUAUGGGAGCCAGACUUUCUUCUUUCCCUUCCGCUCUAUAAAUUAUUAAUGGCGUCGUGAAUGAAAAAAGUGUGGUUUUCUUUUCUGGUUUUUUUUUUUUUGGUUAACUUUAUUGAUUGGUCAUGAGCUUGUAAAAAUGUG